AUGUUCAGAAAUCUUAGACAAUAGUAUCAAAAAGAUCUUGAUUACCAUUUUAUGAAACAAUUUAAUAAAUCCUCUAUCAAUUUAAGAUGCAAAAACAAGCAAUCUCCUUUUGUGAUCAAAAAAUAAUUGUCUAAGAUUAAUAUUGGAUUAUAAUCUCAAUUAAAUGAGUUAUCUGAAUGUAAUGAUAAAAUAACCUAAUACUAAAAGUAUUCAUAUAGAUAUAUUUAGAAUCAAGUAUUAUAAAAGAUCAAGAAGUUCCUAAACUACUUUGGAAGGAUUCCUAAAUUAAAGAGAUUAACAAAUUCUUCUAUCAUUACCUUUCCAUUCUAUUAAAAUGCAUUAAAGGUAAGGAAUUACAAAACUAUGGAGAAGAUAUAUUUUCCUUGUUAUAUUUAUAUUGAGGUACUAAAAACAGCAAUUAGAGCAAUUCAAAUUAAAUCUUUAAAUUAGAAAUCUUUAAUAAGGAACUCCUAAGAUUCAUAUGGAUGCAACAAAAAAAAGAAGAAGAAAUGCUGAUAGUUAGUUUAAAUUAUCUACAUUUGCAGAAUAUAUUGAUGUGUAAGAUAAACAAGAAUCUAAAACUAAAAGAGCAGAUGAUGAUAAAUUUAAGAAAAGCCCAGUUUAUUAAUCAUUCAAAUAUAAUGAAGCAAGAAUUUGCAGAUUGUUGAGAAUUCGUAAUAAUAGUGUUCGUACUUCAAAUGCAGAUUCUCCAUUAAAAAUUAAUUAAUAACAUAGCAAAAACAAUAAAUUGCCACCUUUAUUUCAAAUAGACAGAAGGAUGCAAAGAGUCUAUUCGAAUUUCUGUAAAUGA